CCGGUGCCGGGGACUGGUCGCGAGGAGCUACUGCAGCGCUUCAGGAUCUGAAAGAGAACCCCGAGCUUGUGGAACCUGAGGGGAAAGUCGAGUCAGGAUGGAGCGGAUGCCUGAGGAGGCGCUGCGGCUGAACCUGCUCAAGCGGGGCCUGGAGACGUCCGAGGAGCGUGAAGAGGCCCUGGCCAAGCGCCUUAAGAUGGAGGGCCACGAGGCUAUGGAGCGCCUCAAGAUGCUGGCCCUGCUCAAGCGCAAGGACCUGGCUGCGUUGGAAGGGGCAGCGGUGGCAGCCGGGUCCCUGGACGGCAGCAAAGGGGGACUGGGGGGGAGCCACCACCACCAGAGUAUGCUGGCGGGCGCAGCGGCGGCCUAUGAGGAGAAGAUGAACGGGAGGCUGGGGGGCCACGGAGGGCCGAGUAAGAACGGCAAGGAGAACAUGGUGGAUGAGCCAGUGGACUUUAGCGCCAGAAGAGGCGAUGUGGACCGUGAGCGACACACUCCGUCCCCGGACGUGAUCAUCCUGUCGGACAACGAGGCAUCCAGUCCCAGGGGGACACCCCACCCCGAGGAGAGGCUGCACCAGGCCAACCUGGAGAUAUUCAAGGGGAAGACUGGCGAGGAGCGGCAGCAGAUGAUCAAGGCUCUGAGGGAAGAGCUGCGUCUGGAGGAGGCCCGUCUGGUGCUGCUCAAGAAGCUUCGGCAGAGCCAGAUCCAGAAGGAGAAUGUCGUGCAGAAGGUACCAGUGGUCCAGAAUACCCCCUCUUUAGUGCAGCCAUCCCCCAUCCACAGUUCACAGGGGAUGGGAAAGCUGCCGGUGCGCCCUGGCAUGCACACCCCGGAGCCCCAGAACUUUCGCAGUGCACAGGGUCACACAGUCAUCAGGUCGGGGGCCAACGCCUCCCUGCCACCAAUGAUGAUGUCACAGAGGGUCAUCGCCCCCAACCCAUCCCAGCUACAUGGCCAGAGAAUGCCCUCCAAGCCUGGCAUGGGCCGCUCCAGCACGGGUAGUAUGAGCAACAUCAGCUACCAGCAGACCACUAGCCAGCAGGUGGCGGCGUCCCAGCGUUCGGGUUCCUCUGCAAUCUACAUGAACCUGGCCCACAUGCAGGCGGCGGGGGCUGGUGGUGUGGGCGGUGUGGGAAUGGGCGGCAGUGGGAUUGGUGCUGUCAGCCCUUCCACCAUAUCGAGCGGCACAGGUGGCGGCAGCAGCUCCGGCGUGAGUUCCCUGGCGGACCAGGCCAGCAGCCAGGCGGCAGCCAAGCUGGCCUUGCGCAAACAGCUGGAGAAGACCCUGCUGGAGAUCCCGCCACCCAAGCCGCCGGCCCCACUGCUGCACUUCCUGCCGUCGGCGGCCAACAGCGAGUUCAUCUACAUGGUAGGCCUGGAGGAGGUGGUGCAGAGCGUCAUCGACAGCCAGGGUAAGCUGCGGGGGACGCUGUCGCGCAUGGAGCCCUUCUUCUGCGGCCAGUGCAGGAUCGACUUCACACCCCACUGGAAGCAGGAGAAGGGCGGGCGUAUCCUCUGCGAGCAGUGCAUGACGUCCAAUCAGAAGAAGGCCCUGAAGGCGGAGCACACCAAUAGACUGAAGAACGCAUUCGUCAAGGCCCUGCAGCAGGAGCAGGAGAUUGAGCAAAGGCUCCAGCAGCAGGCAGCCCUCUCACCCAGCACGGCUCAGACUGUUCCCAACGUCAGCAAGGCCGAGACCAUGAUCCGACAUCAUGCCCUGCGUCAGGCUCCCCAGCCUCAGGCCUCCAUGCAGAGGGGUCUCUCCAGCUCGGCGAGGGGCGUCCUCUCCAACUUCGCCCAGGCAUCCCAGCUCUCCGUGGCCAGCGGCCUGCUGGGGAUGACAGGGAAGCAGCGCUGCGGAGGAGGAGGUGGGAGCGGUAGUGGUGGCGGUGGCAGCAGUCGGAUCCAGCAUGAUGGCCGUCGCCAGAUCUACAACAUCCCCGGAUUGAACAUUGCAUACCUGAACCAAGGAGGGGUUGGGGCCCACAAGGGCUCCAGCUUAGCUGACCGCCAGAGGGAGUACCUGUUGGACAUGAUCCCGCCACGCUCCAUAUCACAGUCCAUCAACGGACAGAAAUGAACCCUGCCCUUUGCCCCCACCUUCCCAAUCCUCGCCCCAAGGGCCACCUUCUCCACCCCCCACCACCAUGCCCUCACAAAAAAAAGACCACCUCCCCCACCCCAUUGCAUGCAGUGCCUGUCCGUGUGCCUACCUAAACUAACCCAUGAGAAACGACACAAUCAGCCUGAGAAACGACACAAUCAGCCAGACAAAAGACAACCAAACUGUCAGUGCAUCUUCUCGACUUUCUUACUAUAGCAAAAUUAUUUAGAAGACUCUCAAAUAAUUUGUACUACUAUUAUUGCCGUUGUUACUAUUAUUAUUAUGAUAACUGUUACCGCUUCAGUUACUAUUACUCUUAUUAAGCUUUUUUAUUGUUAUGCUACGUAGAGCGCCUUUCAGUUCAUACCUUUACUUUUAUUUAUUUGGGGGGGGGGACUAUUGCAGGGUUGCUUUAGGAUAUCAUUGUUUUUCUUUUGGCAUAAUUGUAUUUUAGUUACUCCCCUUCUACACUCCAUAUGUAUGGUUCUUUAGUUUUCAAAAUGUUUAAAGCCACCUUCUGUUAUGGAUUGGAUUCUUGUGAAGUUUCAACGCAGCAAAAGAGAUGGACAUAUCGCUAUGUAAGAGGGUGAUCAUGUGGAAUGAACCGGAUCUAACUGGACACUGGUCCAAUGACUGACUGCCCUGCUUUGAGUCGACCAGCAAAGAUGACGGAUCAUGACCAGGAAGCACUAUUCAUAUUUUUAUUUGACACAGUAUUAAUGGAAGCGAGAAAAUUCAGAAAGUACGCACUAAGGAGCAGAUAGGUUUUAAAAAAUCUUUGAACUAAGCACAGGAAAGUGGAGGCCAUGGUCUGCAUAGAGAAGGAGCUUGGCAGCCAUUUUGGACUGUGGCGUAUCGUCCCAUCUCACUGCUUGGCACAGGCCUGAAAAUGGGGUCAUGAAAGCUGCCCCCAAGAUUCUCCAUUGCCCCUCAAUGCCUUCACUUUCAGAGUAUGCAGAGACUUCAAACCUUUCUAAACCCAACUGUUCCUUAUGGUACCGUGAGGGAAAUGGAGAGGACUCGAGCAGGAGGUGGCAGUGGCAUGUUAUUUGUUUUCUUGUUGUUGUAGGGUUUCUUGAUGAGUUUUUUUUUUUUUUCGCCGUCUCCUGUAGAAAAGGCUGCGUAUCUGUGAGAUACUUGCCCCAGGAGACGAUAACUAUCAAAAAAUAGUGAACAGAUUGAAACUAUUCAAAUAUCUAUAUGGAUUAUGUAUUGAUGGCUAGCUUGAGAGAAAGGAGACUGAUAUGGAUUUAUCUAGAAAAUGGGAGAGAUGGAUCAAUCAUCGUGUUCAGGCAAUGCACACGAGAUGCCUCAUUCUCGAGGAGCACUUUUCUUAUUAUGAAUAAAAUAAAAAUAAAAGGUUAAAAAUGUAAUAAUGUUAUAAUUCCCAGGUACCCCAAGGUGUGGAUGUCAUCCGAUUGUCUACGAGAGAGUCGGGAGAGAGACCAUUGUCCAGAGUGUUCAUGUGGACUGUAUCAGACGACAUUCAAUUGGUUAACCCUCUUAUCUUUUCAAUGAUUUGAACAGGUUUGUUAACGCUGGCACUGACACCAAAUUGUUUUUAUCCUUUUUUUGCCCCCCAUUGUCCUUUGGGGCAUCGGUCAUACAAGCAUGGUCUCUCACGCCUGUCAACACUCUUUUACCACUGCCACACACAUUUCACCAGCAGCACUUUCUAUGUUUGUUUUUCGGUUUGGUUUUGAAGUUAAGUUUGCUACAUGUCAUACAAUACAUUAAAGCAGUGUUCAGUAAAUGUGCAGUAUUACUCCGAGAGAGGUCGACCAGCAGAUCUUCAAUUAGUUUGGGGUUUGUCUGGUUGGCAUAAGAUAAGUUUUUACAUGUGCGUCCGUGUAGAAGCUAUAGGGGGUUUAUGGCUAGUCUUGGGAAGAUCAGACAGGACUUUUAGUUUGUGCUAGGUUCAGCGUCACAGUUUUCAGUCUUUCGGGCUUUUAGAGGAUUGUUGCAUUAUUUACUGCUAUAACCUAUCUUUGCAAUUUCACCUCUCACUAUAUCAGGAGUUUAGAUCAACCGUUGAAUGACAUAAAACAUUUGCCCCUGUAGGCCAUGGGCUCAACAGCGUAUUAUGUCAGUUUUUGGUCAAAUAGGUUAUAGAAUAAAGGGUUAGGGCACAUCACCAUCCCAAUGGCCAUAGAGAAACUUAAGUAAAGCCAAAGGACCAUCGAAAGACCCAAUGGAAACACUGCAAUAAUAUUGGCACUUAAAAAUGUCUCACCUGUAUUGUUCACUGGCCUCAAGAAAGAGUUUGGGGUUUUUCACCAUCUUAUGCACUGACAACCUGUAUGGUUUGGUUGUGAGAUUAUGACCAACACUGUUAGAGUGGAAGCUAUGAGGAGCUGAACCAACAAGGUAAUCUACUGAUUUGGAUCAAUCUCAUGAUAGUUAACACUACUAUCACUGGGUGUGUGCAGUUUGGCAGGCCUGACAUGACGGGCUUACAUUUAGUCCUACGGCAGAGUAGUCUGAAGAUUGCAUACAAGCUCUGCCCACUGGAAACACAGAUUUGGUGUGUCAAGUGCACUCAUGCAGUGGCCUAUGAAAUUUCAAGUUCCCUUUCCUAGUUCUCGAAAGUUAUUUAUACUGAACACACACCAAGUCAUUAUGAAACUACCUUGGGUUUGAUUGGCAGGUGCAAUAUGUAGAUGUGAAUGGAAGUUUACAUUCAGAAGAGUUUUUUGUUGCUUAUACAAUUGUCAAUCAAUUCCCACUUUUGUGGUUGGUUAGUAUAGGAUGUCAUUAAAAAAAUGUUUGUCGGGGUACAUUUUCUUUCCCACCCCAUCAUAUAUUUGAUUUGGCUGUCUCAUUUUUUUUCCUAUGUCCUCUUGCUACAAAGCUGGACUUGUAUAUUGAAGAUCCUUUCUCUCUCUUGCAGACUGUAAUAGAUGAAUCCACACACCUUGGUAAUUUCAACCAAUCUUUUUUUAAAUGUCAAAUGUUUUAGGGUUUUUAAAUGUCAUUCUUCUAUUUCUGAUGUCUCAAUUCAGUUAAUGUUUUGUUUGUAAUGUUUUAAGUUUUCAAGAAAAAAUAAAAACAAUAAUUAAACAACAUUUUAUUGACAGAAAUAAAAAAUGACACGAUAUUUGCUAGGUCAGAAGUAAUAAUGACUUAUUGUACAUAAGCUUUUUUUCUCCCUUCAAAAAAAAAUGGUAUAUUGUGUAGAAAAGCAAACAAAAAGCCAUGAAUAUAGUGAAGCUUGUCAUUUCGUUUUGUGAUCACUGUGUAUUAUUGUGUAACAAAUGUGCAAAAUGUAUGGGAUUAUUAUUCUCUUAUUAUUUUUUUUACACAUUUUCCCCCUGAACUACAGGGCUACCCAUGUCUGAAAUGACAAGUUAAAAAAUUUACAUUUCCUUUGCUUUCUUCCAUAUUUCUAUUAAUAUGAAAAUGUGACAUUUUGUAAUGCUCAUGUUUUCCAUUGGAACAUAUAAUUUUUUUUUUUUUUUUUAAGUAUUUGUUUUUAAUCUAGUGUGCUAGGAGCUGUUGGAGAUGAGUGAAAUAUUGCCCUCAUCACCAUUUUGUUCUGGUCAACAUUUGUUUUGGGGGAAUUUUCAUGGUGUUAUCAAACUGACAAUACUGUAUAUUGACUGCCAUAUAAGUGAGUUAAAAAGAAUGGGGUUGUGUCUAAAACAUUUUAAGGCAGAUAAAGCUGCCCAUCAGGACAGUGUUAGUUAUGGGGUUUACUAAUCGUGAUGUCAUUCUGAUGGAGGACUGAUCACAUUUCCUGGCUACACAAAUUUAUUAUAUUAUUUUAUUGGUAUAAUUUCAUUUACUCUUGGCAUAUUAGUUAUUGUUGGAAAUACAGGUAACUUUUUGAAGGGGACGGAGGGGGGGAUUUAUUGCAAAUCAUUUUCUAAAUUUGAUGUGAAUAUGCUGAAAUCUUUUCUUUUUAUACAUAUAAAAUUAACUUGCAAUUCCUCAGUUUGAACAUUGCAUAAUGUUGAUGUUGUAUAUUACAUUUGUGAGAAAAAAAUGACAUUGAUAAUGACUCAAUCUGUAUCAAUUGAAUGGACAUUGGGGAAUGGAUGAAAAGAUUAAAAUGAAUUUUGAUCCUAUAAAAAAAAAGCCCUUUUUGUUUUAUUUUGAUUUCAAAUGUAAAUCCUGACCUUUUGCACAUACUUAAUAUUUAAAUGUCUUCAAAUAUAUAAAAAAGAAAAGAAAAAAUAUUGAUGCUGUUUGAAAACUGCCAGUUGAUUAAUAAUGAUUAUGCAUUGACUGAAAAAAUAAGCUAAUUUUGGAGGAAAUAACUUUGUAAUAUUUAUCUCUUGCAAGCUAUGUUUAAUAAAGGAUGGAAC